GACGAGUGUCUCAUUAGAUUAUCAGCAGUCAUCAAAACCUGCAAAAGAGCUCUGCUAAAUGAUUGUGGCUUAACUGACAAAAGCUGCCCAGCUCUGGCUUCAGUUCUUGGAUCAGAUACCAAUCUGAAAGAGCUGAACAUGAACUAUAAUAAUCUGCAGGAUUCAGGAGUGAAGCUGCUCUGCACUGGACUUAAGGAUAUAAAUUGCAAACUAGAGAUACUGAGUCUGAAGAACAACUGUAUCACAGAAGGAGGUUGUCAUGUUCUGGCUGCAGCUCUAAAUUCAAACCCUUCAAAUCUGACAGAGCUGGAUCUGAGUGAGAAUAAACUAGGAGACUCUGGAGUGACAGAAAUUUCCAGUCUGCUGAGAAAUUCACAGACAAUACAGAUACUCAGACUUUCAGACUGCAGUAUCUGUGAAGAAGGUUAUAAAGCUCUGUCUUCAGCUCUGAGAUCAAACCCUUCACACCUGAUAGAGCUGGAUCUCACAGGAAAUGAUCCUGGAGAAUCAGGAGUGAAGCAGCUCAGUGAUUUACUACAGGAUCCAGACUGUCAACUCAACACACUUAGGUUUUUAGGUCCUGCUGCAGAUGAAGGCUGUAAGUAUGUGACUGGAAUUGUGGGUAAA